AUGGCAGCCCAGGUGGCAGCCCGGGAGGCGGGAGGCUUCCGGGAAGUCCCGACCCUUCGCCUAACCCCGGGCGCCGGCCCGGAGGCGGUGGGCCUGGUGGAGUAUGAAGAGGAGGACGAAGACGAGGAGGUGGCGGCGGCCAGGAGAGCGCGGAGUUUCGCCCAGGACGCGCGGGUGCGCUUCGUCGGCGGCCGUCUGGAGCAGAUGCUGGGGUUCCCGGAGGAGAAAUGGAGCCAGCAUUUGGAGAGCGAGGACAAGCGGCAGGUCCUGGGGGAGUUUCUGGAGACCCCCAGCCCCGCCUGCCUUGUGUUCAGCGUCGACGCCGUGGAGCGGCUCGCGGCGUCCCAACAGAUUCCAAGAGAUGCAAAACAUAAACUUAUUUAUAUUGCCAAGAAGAGUACUGAAAACAUUGGAGUAAAUGAUUUCUCUCAAACAGUUUUAUUUGGAGAGUUACCUGCCUCAUCCCUUGGACAUGUAACUGCUUUCCUAGACGAGAUUUUAGUGCCAAUUAUUGCUAAUAAGAACAACCAUAAAUCCUGGUCCUGUUUUAUUUCACAAGACAUGGAACGUCACAUAGAAGUCAUGAAAAAUAAAAUGCAUAUUUUUAGGGGCAAAAUGUUGAGAAGAACUCUUCUACCAAUUCCCACUAUUGCAGGAAAUGUUGACCUGGAUGAGAAAUAUUCAGAGACCAAUGUUUGUAGACUAGAGCCAAAUGAAAGGACAGUACUCCAUGCAAUUGAAUCAGUGGUUAUUAAAUGGUCACAUCAAAUCCAAGAAAUUGUAGAGAAAGAUUUAGUGCGGCCUUUACUGAAUGGUCUUCACUCAGAUCCUCAAACUGAACUGGAUUUCUGGAUGAUGAGGAGAGAGAACCUAGCAUUCAUUUAUGAUCAACUUCAGGCUCCCAUUGUCCUCAAGAUGGUUAAGAUCCUGAAAAAUAAGCAAAGCAGCUAUUUUCCAACUUUGAAGGGUAUCCUCAUGGCUGUGGAAAAUGCUCUUCUAGAAGCCCAAGAUGUGGAACUUUACCUGAGACCCCUGAGGAGACACCUUCAAUGUGUUCAGGAGACGGAAUUCCCACAGACUGGUGUAUUAAUUGCCCCGUUAUUUCAUACCAUCUGUCUGAUUUGGAGUCAUUCCACGUUUUAUAAUACCCCUGUUCGGAUUAUAGUUCUAUUGCAAGAGUUUUGUAAUCUCUUCAUUGACCGGGCACUAGCUUACCUUUUGCCUGAAGACCUUAUGAGAGGAGAAAUUGAAGACUCUCUGGAAAAGGUGCAGGUGGCCGUUAACAUCUUAAAGACUUUCAAAAAUUGUUUUUUUAACUAUAGAGAAGGAUUGGCAAGCUAUUUUAUGGGAAAUAAGGAGCUGAAACCAUGGGAUUUCCAGUCUCAUCUGGUGUUUCUUAGAUUUGACAAAUUUCUCGACCGUUUCAUGAAAAUAGAGGAUAUAUUUGUCACCAUCCUGGAAUUUGAAAAGCUGGAAAGACUUGAAUUUGGCGGUACCAAGGGAGCAAUUUUAAAUGGACAAAUCCACGAGAUGAGUGAAGAAUUUAUGGAACUCUGUAAGAUUUUUAAACAGAGCACAUAUGACCCAUCUGAUUACAAUAACAUGGAAUUUGAAAAUGAUUAUGUUGUGUUUAAGUCCAAAACUUUGGAUUUUGAAAGAAGGCUCGGGACAAUUCUUUGUGAAGCUUUCUUUAACUGCAAUGGUCUGGAAGCUGCAUUUAAGCUUUUGACUGUAUUUGGGAAUUUCCUUGAGAAACCAGUUGUCAUGGAAAUUUUCAGCCCACGUUACAGCACACUUGUGCACAUGUUCAGUGCAGAGUUGGAUAUGUGUAAGAAAUUGUAUAAUGAACAUGUGCAACAGAUUGAACAAGGAAAUGUAGUCCUUAACAAGAAUAUGCCAUUUACCUCAGGAAAUAUCACAUGGGCUAAAGAGGUCAUGGACCGACUUCAAAUGUUUUGGUCAAACUUUGCAUCUCUUCGUGAUCUAUUCUUGGAAAGUCCUGAUGAUUCCUGGAUUUAUCAGAAGUAUACUGAAAUGACAGCUUUGCUAGACCAGUUUGAAAAUCGUAUCUAUAAUGAAUGGAAAAGUAAUGUGGAUGAAAUCUGUGAAUUGAAUUUGAAUCAACCCUUGGUUAAAUUCAGUGCCGUAAGUGGUCUUCUCAAUGUCAACUUUGACCCAAAGCUAGUGGCCGUAUUAAGAGAAGUUAAAUACCUUUUGAUGUUGAAGAAAUCAGACAUACCGGAUUCAGCCUUAGCCAUCUUCAAAAAAAGAAACACUCUUUUAAAGUCCAUUGGAAAUCUUGAACUUCUUGUGCAAGGAUAUAAUAAGCUGAAACAGACUCUUCUGGAAGUUGAAUACCCCCUGGUUGAGGAAGAGCUGAGGUCUGUGGAUGAGGAACUGCAGGCAGCCGCCACAUCACUGACAUGGCAGGAUGACUGCUGGGGGGACAUCGAGAGGAUGAAGACGGCCACCUCAGAGUUGGAGUGCAGAGUGGAGCAUGCGCAGAACAACGUCAAAGUGAUUCAGCAGACGAUGCGGGCUUGGGUGGAGUGCACACUCCUUCCCCGGAGAGAACACAGGCGGGAGACCGCCUUGACUUGGGAGGACAAGGGUGAUUUGUUUACGAAAAAAUACACGCUAAUCCAGGAAGGUGGCUGCAAGAUACACAACUUGGUUGAGGAAAAUAGGAUGCUGUUUAGAGCCACUCCUUCUCUGGAUGCUUGGAAGAUUUAUGUAGAAUUUAUUGAUGACAUCGUGGUGGAAGGCUUUUUUCAAGCAAUAAUGCAUGACUUAGACUUCUUCCUGAUGAACACAGAGAAACAACUGGAAUCUGCACCGUUUUUUCAAGCACAGAUGAUCUUAAUGCCCCCGGAGAUUCUGUUUAAACCUUCUUUAGAAAGAGAGGCUGGGGAUGGCUUCUAUGAUCUGGUGGAAGAAAUGCUGUGCAGUAGUUUCCGAAUGUCUGCCCAGAUGAAGCGAGUAGCAGCACAUCUGGAAAUAGCAAAUUACCAGAAUGAUAUGGACAAUGUGCUGGGCCUGGUGGAGGUCAGGCAGGAGAUCAUGAAGAGAGUGGCAGACGUCAUCAACAAAGUCUUGGACUUCAGAAACACCCUGGACACAUACGCUUACCUCUGGGUGGAUGACCGGACCGAGUUUAUGAAGCGCUUCCUCCUGUAUGGCCAUACUGUGUCAUCUGAGGAGACAGGGCCUCACGCAAAUGAAGACAUUCCCGGACAACCACCAACACUCGAGCAAUUCAAAGAAGAGAUUGACAUUUAUGAGGCUUUGUAUGUUCAGAUGAGCAAGCUUGAUGACUUCAGAGUGUUUGAUGGUUGGUUCAAGGUGGACAUGAAGCCUUUCAAAGUGAGCUUGCUAAACAUUAUCAGGAAAUGGAGCUGGAUGUUUCAGGAGCAUCUUUUGAGAUUUGUCAUUGACAGUCUGAAUGAGCUACAAGAGUUUAUAAAGGAGACAGAUGCUGGACUUCAGAGAGAAUUAAGUGAAGGCGAUCACGAUGGUUUACUUGACAUUAUGGGGCAUCUUCUGGCUGUAAGAAGCCGCCAGAGAGCUACUGAUGAACUCUUUGAACCACUAAAAGAAACCAUCACACUCUUGGAAACGUAUGGCCAGAAGAUGCCUGAGCAGGUCUAUGCUCAGCUAGAGGAAUUACCUGAAAGAUGGAAAACUACCAAAAAGAUUGCAGCAAUUGUCAGACAUGAAAUCUCACCUCUCCAAAAUGCAAAAGUCACUCUUAUAAGGAAAAAAUGUAUUUUGUUUGAUGAGAAGCAGGCAGAGUUCAGAGAGCGAUUCAGACUCUAUGCUCCUCUUCGUUUUAAUGCAGAAAAUCCAUAUGGAGUACUUGAUAAGGCACAUCAAGAGCUUGGGGCGUUAGAAGAAGAACUGUUGCAGAUGCAAGAAUCUACUCAUCUUUUUGAAGUGGCUCUUCCAGAGUACAAACAAAUGAAGCAGUGUCGCAGAGAGAUAACAUUGCUCAAGGGGCUCUGGGAUGUCAUUAUUUAUGUUAAGAGAAGCAUUGAUAAUUGGACUAAAACCCAGUGGAGACAGAUUAAUGUGGAACAGAUGGAUGUGGAACUCAGAAGGUUUGCCAAGGAAAUUUGGUCUCUCGAUAAGGAAGUCCACGUGUGGGACGCUUACUCAGGCCUGGAAGGCACAGUGAAGGACACGAUGACCUCCCUGAGGGCCAUUGCGGAGUUACAGAGCCCUGCCCUCAGAGACAGGCAUUGGCACCAGCUGAUGAAGGCCACUGGGGUCAAGUUUUCUAUAAACGAAGCCACAACUUUGGCAGAUUUGUUAGCCUUGCGGUUACACCAAAUGGAAGAGGAUGUCCGAAGCAUCGUGGACAAAGCAGUGAAAGAGCUGGGGACUGAGAAGGUUGUUACUGAAAUCAGCCAGACCUGGGCAACCAUGGAGUUCUCUUAUGAAGUUCACUCUCGGACGGGCAUUCUAUUACUGAAGUUUGAUGAACAAUUGUUUGAAACUCUAGAGCACAACCAAGUUCAGUUACAGACUCUGCUUCAAAGCAAGUAUGUGGAAUAUUUCAUUGAGCAAGUCAUAAGCUGGCAAAACAAAUUAAACACAGCAGAUUCGGUCAUCUUUACUUGGAUGGAAGUACAGCGCACUUGGUCUCACCUAGAAAGCAUCUUUGUUUAUUCAGAAGAUAUUCGAAUUCAGCUUGUGAAAGAUGCUCAGAGAUUCGGCAGAGUAGAUGCUGAAUUUAAGGAGUUAAUGUUCAGGACAGCUAAAAUAAAAAAUGUUUUAGAAGCAACAUGCAGACCUAACCUUUUUGAAGAACUUAAAGAUUUACAGUACAGGCUUUCUCUUUGUGAAAAAGCUCUUGCUGAGUACCUGGAAACCAAGCGUGUGGCUUUUCCGCGCUUCUAUUUCAUCUCUUCUGCAGACUUACUUGACAUUCUCUCAAAGGGAGCUCAACCUAUGGAGGUUACACACCACCUUUCCAAACUCUUUGACAGCAUUGUAGAUCUGCAGUUUGAAGGCGAUCAGGAUGUUUCUGCGCACAGGGCCGUUGGAAUGUACAGCAAAGAAAAGGAAUACGUCCCAUUCCCAGCUGAGUGUGAAUGCAUAGGCCAUGUGGAAACGUGGCUUCUGCAGCUGGAACAGACCAUGAAAGAGACAGUGCGACGUUCUAUCACAGAAGCCAUCGCAGCCUAUGAGGACAAACCCAGGGAACUGUGGAUUUUUGAUUUCCCGGCUCAAGUCGCACUAACUAGCUCACAAAUCUGGUGGACUACAGAUGUAGGAAUAGCCUUCAGUAGGCUAGAGGAAGGCUACGAAACGGCCCUAAAGGAUUUCCAUAAAAAACAGAUUUCUCAGUUGAAUACACUGAUUGCACUUUUGCUGGGAGAACUUCUACCUGGAGACAGGCAGAAGAUCAUGACAAUUUGUACCAUAGAUGUCCAUGCCAGAGACGUGGUGGCAAAACUUAUUUCUCAGAAGGUCGCCACUCCCCACGCUUUUGCUUGGCGCUCUCAACUUCGUCACCGGUGGGAGGACACCCAGAAACAUUGCCUCGUUAAUAUUUGUGAUGCCCAGUUGCAGUACUUCUAUGAGUAUUUAGGAAACAGCCCUCGACUAGUGAUCACUCCUCUGACUGACAGGUGUUACAUUACUUUAACUCAGUCACUUCAUCUCACCAUGAGUGGGGCUCCCGCUGGCCCGGCUGGUACAGGGAAAACAGAAACCACCAAAGAUCUUGGCCGUGCCCUGGGCAUGGUGGUUUAUGUAUUCAACUGUUCAGAGCAAAUGGACUACAAAUCCAUAGGAAAUAUCUAUAAGGGAUUGGUGCAGACAGGAGCUUGGGGCUGCUUUGACGAGUUCAAUCGAAUUUCUGUGGAAGUUCUCUCCGUGGUGGCAGUACAAGUGAAGAUGAUACACGAUGCCAUCAGAAACAGGAAGAAGAGAUUUGUAUUUCUUGGGGAAGCUAUCACACUGAAGCCAUCAGUUGGAAUAUUUAUUACUAUGAACCCAGGAUAUGCUGGUCGAACCGAAUUACCGGAAAAUCUCAAAGCUCUUUUCAGACCCUGUGCCAUGGUGGCCCCUGACAUCGAGCUAAUCUGUGAAAUCCUGUUAGUUGCUGAAGGUUUUGUGGAUGCACGCUCACUAGCCCGCAAGUUUAUUACAUUGUACACGCUCUGCAAGGAGCUCCUGUCCAAGCAGGAUCAUUAUGAUUGGGGACUUCGUGCUAUUAAAUCUGUCUUGGUUGUAGCUGGCUCCCUGAAACGAGGAGAUAAAAAUAGACCUGAAGAUCAGGUACUCAUGAGAGCAUUAAGGGACUUCAAUAUGCCUAAAAUAGUGACUGAUGACAUCCCUGUGUUUUUGGGCCUGGUUGGUGACCUGUUUCCAGCCCUGGAUGUGCCCCGGAGGAGAGUGCCCCACUUUGAACAGAUGGUCAGGCAGUCCACCGUGGAGCUCCGCCUGCAGCCCGAGGAAAGCUUCAUCCUCAAAGUUGUCCAGCUUGAGGAGCUGUUGGCCUUGCGACACUCUGUCUUUGUCGUUGGAAGUGCAGGCACAGGAAAGAGCAAGAUUUUGAGAACACUGAACCGAACAUAUGUUAACAUGAAACAGAAACCCAUUUGGAAUGACUUAAACCCCAAAGCUGUGACAACAGAUGAACUCUUUGGUUUCAUACAUCAUGCUACCCGAGAAUGGAAAGAUGGUCUAUUCUCAUCCAUUCUGCGAGAACAAGCAAAUCUUAGGCAUGAUGGACCAAAAUGGAUAGUGCUGGAUGGCGAUAUUGAUCCCAUGUGGAUUGAAUCACUAAAUACUGUCAUGGACGAUAACAAGGUGCUGACCUUGGCCAGCAAUGAACGCAUAGCUCUCACUCCCUCUAUGAGGCUUCUGUUCGAGGUUCAUCACUUAAGGACAGCAACCCCAGCUACUGUUUCCAGGGCUGGUAUUCUAUACGUGAACCCACAAGAUUUAGGCUGGAAUCCGUAUGUGGCCAGUUGGAUAGACAGAAGGCAGCAUCAGUCAGAAAAGGCCAAUUUAACGAUUCUUUUUGAUAAAUACAUUCCUGCGUGCUUGGAUAAGCUGAGAAGAAGCUUUAAAACCGUCACUUCAAUUCCAGAGAGCAGCCUGGUGCAGACUCUUUGCACUCUUUUGGAAUGUUUGUUGACUCCUGAAAAUGUACCUUCUGACAGCCCGAAGGAAGUUUAUGAGGUCUAUUUUGUCUUUGCUUGUAUCUGGGCAUUUGGAGGCAUUCUACUACAAGAUCAGGUUUCUGGUUGUCAAGCUGAAUUCAGUCAGUGGUGGCAUAAAGAGAUGAAAGCAGUGAAGUUUCCAUCCCCGGGAACAAUUUUUGAUUAUUAUCUGGACCACAAAACUAAGAAAUUCUUGCCUUGGGCUGAUAAAAUCCCCCAAUUUACUAUGGAUCCAGAGGCACCUCUGCAGGGAGUUCUGGUUCACACAUCAGAGACAACUCGUCUUCAAUAUUUCAUAGAGUUGUUGCUUGAGAAAGGACAGCCGCUGAUGCUGGUAGGAAACGCUGGAGUGGGAAAAACAGUCUUUGUAGGUGACAUACUAGCAGGUCUCUCCGAGGCUUAUAUAGUGUCCCAUGUGCCUUUCAACUACUACACAACAUCGGCAGCUCUGCAGAGAAUUCUUGAGAAACCUCUAGAGAAAAAAGCUGGUCGUAACUAUGGUCCAGGAGGAAAUAAAAAAUUGGUUUAUUUUAUCGACGACAUGAAUAUGCCUGCAGUGGACUUAUAUGGCACUGUUCAGCCCCACAGUCUGAUUCGACAGCAUAUUGAUUAUGGUCACUGGUAUGAUAGACAGAAAGUGAUGCUUAAAGAAAUCCACAGCUGUCAGUAUGUUGCCUGCAUGAAUCCGAUGGUGGGCAGUUUCACUAUCAAUCCUAGACUACAGAGACAUUUCACAGUGUUUGCAUUCAACUUUCCAUCCAUGGAUGCACUAAACACCAUCUACAGGCAAAUCCUGAAUUUCCAUUUUCAGCAGCAAGCAUUUGGGCCGUCAGUUCUCAGGAGUGGCCCCACUUUGAUACAGGCAACAAUCGCAUUCCAUCAGACGAUGACACACAACUUUUUACCCACAGCCAUUAAAUUCCACUACCUCUUUAAUCUGAGAGACCUGUCAAACGUCUUCCAGGGGAUUUUAUUUGCUUCUCCUGAGUGUUUAAAGGGUCCAAAUGAUUUAAUACGCCUGUGGCUUCAUGAAUCUUCUCGUGUUUAUGGAGACAAACUGAUAGACACAAAGGAUCGUAAUUUGUUUCAUAAAAACAUGCUGGAAACUGCUAGUAAAUAUUUUGAAGGUGUAGACAGCUCCGUGCUGCUUCAACAGCCCCUCAUCUACUGCCAUUUUGCUAAUGGCAGCAAAGACCCACGUUACCUGCCGAUGAGAGACUGGGAGGUGCUGAGGACAUUUCUGACCGAAGCCUUAGAUAGCUACAACGAGCUCAAUGCCGCCAUGCACCUUGUUUUAUUUGAAGACGCCAUGCAACAUGUGUGUCGCAUCAGCCGGAUCCUGCGGGCUCCUCGGGGUUACGCGCUCUUGAUUGGAGUGGCGGGCAGUGGCAAGCAGAGCCUGUCCCGCCUGGCGGCCCACGUUUGCAGCCUCGAGGUCUUCCAGAUCACUCUGACCGAAGGCUUUGGAAUCCAAGAACUUCGGGUAGAUCUUGCCAAUUUGUACGUCAGAACCGGAGCCAAGAACAUGCCCACUGCGUUCCUGCUGACAGAUGCACAGGUUCUGGAUGAGAGCUUUCUCGUGCUGAUUAAUGGCUUGCUGGCAUCAGGGGAAAUCCCUGAUCUGUUCAGUGAUGAAGAUGUAGACAAGAUAAUUUCUGGAAUUCGUAGUGAAGUUCAUGGUCUGGGCAUGGUGGACUCCAGAGAAAAUUGUUGGAAGUUCUUUUUGGCCCGGGUGCGACUACAGCUGAAAAUCAUUUUGUGUUUCUCUCCGGUUGGUCACACGCUGAGAAGUAGAGCUCGGAAGUUCCCAGCCCUGGUUAACUGCACGGCUGUUGACUGGUUCCGUGCUUGGCCCCAGGAGGCUCUGGUCACAGUCAGCAGGAGGUUCAUUGAGGAAACCAAGGGAAUUGAGCCCCUGGAUAAAGAUUCUAUUAGCCUCUUCAUGGCACACGUUCACACUAGCGUAAACGAAGUGAGUACCAGGUAUUACCAGAAUGAGAGAAGACACAACUAUACCACCCCAAAGAGUUUUCUGGAACAAAUAUCACUGUUUAAGAACCUGUUGAAGAAGAAACAAAACGAGAUAUCCCAGAAGAAAGAGCACUUGGUGAAUGGCAUCCGGAAGCUACAAACCACAGCCUCUCAGGUAGGGGAUCUGAAAGCCAGACUUGCCUCUCAAGAAGCUGAGUUACAACUGAGAAAUCACGAUGCUGAAGGUCUGAUCACAAAGAUCGGGCUUCAGACGGAGAAAGUGAGCCGGGAAAAGGCCAUCGCGGAUGCGGAAGAGAGAAAGGUGACAGCUAUUCAGACUGAAGUGUCCCAGAAACAGAAGGAGUGUGAGGCCGACUUACUUAAGGCUGAGCCCGCUCUGGUGGCCGCGACAGCUGCUCUCAAUACACUCAACAGGGUCAAUCUCACUGAGUUGAAAGCCUUUCCCAACCCUCCAAAUGCAGUUACCAACGUUACUGCAGCCGUGAUGGUCCUUCUGGCUCCCCGGGGCAGAGUGCCAAAAGACCGGAGUUGGAAGGCAGCUAAAGUCUUCAUGGGAAAGGUGGAUGAUUUUUUGCAAGCGUUAAUUAACUAUGACAAAGAGCACAUUCCAGAGAACUGUCUAAGAGUGGUGAAUGAACAGUAUUUGAAAGACCCGGAGUUCAACCCAAACCUGAUUCGGACCAAAUCUUUUGCAGCAGCUGGUCUCUGUGCCUGGGUCAUCAACAUCAUUAAGUUCUAUGAGGUCUACUGUGAUGUGGAGCCCAAACGGCAAGCGUUAGCCCAAGCAAACUUAGAACUGGCUGCAGCUACUGAAAAACUAGAGGCUAUCAGGAAAAAGCUGGCGUUACAUCGGAGUAAUCUUAUCUUUCAGUCAGAGAAGAUUCGCUGGGGUCAGUCUGUUCAGUCCUUCGAAGCUCAAGAGAAGACGCUCUGUGGAGAUGUUCUCCUUAUGGCGGCAUAUGUGUCUUACGUUGGAUCCUUUACACAGCAGUAUCGCCAGGAACUGGUAGACUGCAAGUGGGUUCCCUUUCUUCGACAGAAGGUCUCCAUCCCAGUAACUGAAGGCCUGGGCAUGAUUGCCUUGUUGACGGAUGAUGCCACGGUUGCCACCUGGAAUAAUGAAGGACUGCCCAGUGACAGAAUGUCCACGGAGAACGCGGCCAUCCUAACACACUGUGAGCGCUGGCCCCUGCUGAUAGAUCCCCAGCAGCAGGGAAUUAAGUGGAUCAAGAACAAGUACGGAACUGACCUGAAAAUCACACAUGUGGGCCGGAAAGGGUUUUUGAAUGACAUUGAAACCGCUUUGGCCUUUGGAGAUGUCAUCUUACUUGAAAACCUUGAGGAAACGAUAGAUCCAGUCCUUGAUCCAUUGCUUGGCAGGAACACAAUUAAAAGAGGAAAGUACAUCAAGAUUGGGGAUAAAGAGUGUGAAUUUAACCACAGCUUUCGUCUUAUCCUUCACACAAAACUGGCAAAUCCUCACUAUAAGCCAGAAUUGCAAGCUCAGACAACCCUCCUCAAUUUCACGGUCACAGAAGAUGGUCUGGAAGCCCAGCUGCUGGCAGCGGUUGUCAGUAUUGAAAGGCCAGAUUUGGAGAAACUUAAGUUGGUUUUGACAAAGCACCAAAAUGACUUUAAGAUAGAGCUGAAGUAUCUGGAGGACGACCUCCUUCUGCGUCUCUCUGAGGCAGAGGGGAGCUUUCUAGAUGACACCAAACUGGUGGAGAGCCUGGAGAGAGCAAAGGCCACCGCGGCAGAGAUAGAGUGCAAGGUGAUUGAAGCUAAAGAAAAUGAAAGAAAAAUCAACGAGGCCCGACAGUGUUACAGACCCGUGGCAGCAAGAGCAUCUCUGCUUUAUUUUGUUAUUAAUGACCUCAGAAAAAUCAACCCCAUCUAUCAAUUCUCUUUGAAGGCUUUCAACAUGCUGUUCCACAGAGCCAUCGAGCAGGCUGACAAGGUGGAGGACACGCCGGGACGCGUUUCAGUCCUGACCGAGAGCAUCACCCACGCCGUCUUCCUCUACACCAGCCGGGCGCUGUUUGAGAAGGACAAACUCACCUUUCUGUCCCAGAUGGCUUUUCAGGUUUUGCUGAGAAAGAAAGAGAUAGAUCCUCUUGAAUUGGAUUUCCUGCUUCGGUUCACAGUUGAAUGCGCUUACAUGAGUCCUGUUGACUUCCUAACUGAUCAGUCAUGGAGCGCUAUUAAGGCAGUAGCCCUCAUGGAAGAGUUCCAAGGCCUAGACCGAGAUGUGGAAGGAUCAGCGAAGCAGUGGAGGAAGUGGGCAGAAUCCGAGUGUCCAGAAAAAGAAAAGUUACCACAAGAGUGGAAGAAAAGAAGUUUAAUACAGAAGCUGAUUAUUUUGAGAGCAGUGCGCCCUGACAGAAUGACACAUGCUCUCAGGAAUUUCGUGGAGGAAAAACUGGGUACGAAGUAUGUGGAGAGAACCAGAUUGGACUUAGUUAAAGCAUUUGAAGAAAGCAGCCCAGCCACCCCAGUAUUCUUCAUCCUCUCCCCAGGGGUAGAUGCCCUUAAAGACCUAGAGAUCCUUGGGAAAAGACUUGGGUUUACAACUGACUCGGGAAAAUUCCACAAUGUGUCUUUAGGACAAGGUCAGGAGAUGGUGGCAGAAAUGGCCCUGGAGAAAGCUUCCCGAGGAGGACACUGGGUCAUACUCCAAAAUGUCCAUUUGGUAGCCAAGUGGCUCGGAACCUUGGAGAAACUCCUUGAAAGAUUCAGCCAGGGAAGCCACAGAGAUUACAGGGUUUUCAUGAGUGCUGAGUCUGCACCUACACCAAAUGAACAUGUCAUCCCUCCAGGACUCCUGGAAAAUUCCAUCAAGAUUACUAAUGAGCCCCCCACAGGAAUGCUGGCCAAUUUGCAUGCUGCACUGGACAACUUUGAUCAGGAUACACUUGAAGUGUGCUCCAAGGGGCAGGAGUUUAAAAGCAUUCUCUUCUCUCUGUGCUACUUCCAUGCCUGUGUUGCUGGGAGACUGAGGUUUGGCCCCCAGGGCUGGAGCCGCUGCUAUCCGUUCAGUUCUGGAGACCUCACCAUCUGCGCCAACGUCCUCUGCAACUACUUAGAGGCAAACCCUAACGUCCCAUGGGAAGACCUCCGGUACCUCUUUGGUGAGAUCAUGUACGGGGGCCACAUCACAGAUGACUGGGAUCGCAAACUGUGUCGGGUGUAUUUAGAAGAAUUCAUGAAUCCCUCUCUGGUUGAUGGUGAACUGAUGCUGGCACCAGGAUUUGCUGCCCCACCCAAUCUGGAUUAUUCAGGCUACCACCAGUACAUAGAAGAGAUGCUUCCUCCGGAAAGCCCAGCACUGUAUGGCCUCCACCCAGAUGCUGAAAUAGAAUUCCUGACAGUCACAUCCAACACUCUCUUCAGAGCUUUGCUGGAGAUGCAGCCCAGGAAUGCACUCAGCGGUGAAGGGCUGGGACAGUCCACAGAAGACAAGGUUAAGAAUGUCUUGGAUGACAUUUUGGAGAAACUUCCAGAAGAGUUCAACAUGGCAGAGAUAAUGCACAAAAGCCCAGACAGAAGCCCCUAUGUCCUUGUCUGCUUCCAAGAAUGUGAGAGGAUGAAUAUUCUCCUUCGGGAAAUCCGGGUGUCACUUCAACAAUUAGAUCUCGGAUUGAAGCGGGAGCUGAUGCUGUGUCCUGACACGGAAGCCCAGCAGUCUGCGCUGAGUCACGAUGCAGUACCAGAAAGCUGGAGCAAACUGGCGUACCCGUCUACUUACGGCCUGGCCCUGUGGUUUAAUGACCUCCUCUUGCGAUGUCGGGAACUGGAUACCUGGACACAAGAUCUUGCCCUUCCGGCUGUGGUGUGGCUUUCUGGCUUCUUCAACCCUCAGUCCUUCUUAACUGCAAUCAUGCAGACCACGGCUCGAAGAAACGAGUGGCCACUGGAUAAAAUGUGCUUGACUGUUGAGGUUACCAAAAAAAGGAAGGAGGAUUAUGGGCACCCCCCCAGGGAAGGCGCAUACCUCCACGGGCUCCUCAUGGAAGGUGCCAGAUGGGACAGCCAGUCAGGAGCCAUCGUGGACGCCUACCUCAAGGAGUUAAGGUCUGCAAUGCCAGUCAUCUUUGCAAAAGCCAUACCCGCGGACAGACAGGAAACCAAACACACCUACGAGUGCCCUGUGUACAAAACCAAAACAAGGGGCCCCAACCGCGUCUGGACCUUCAGGUUGAAGAGCAAAGAGAAGGCGGCCAAGUGGGUCCUGGCAGGCGUGGCCCUCCUGCUGGAGGCGUAACAACAGCCCUUGCAGAGGGGCUUCUAUUCCUCCCGCCGGAGCACCGCAGAGAUGUCCUUGUUCCCGCACGGUCGUUUAUCCUACUGAGAGGCAUAAAACAGAGUCCAGCUUAUGUACCUUUUAAGUAACUAACUUAAAAUGUGCAUUCGUUGUUUUUAAACAAACACCAUCUCUGAAAAGUAGAGACGGGGGACAAAAAGAAGCACAA